CUGGAUCAAUUGGUUGACAUUCAAUUCGCAUGUGCCAAAACCGGAUGAUCUUUCCGGUUGAGUCAGGGAACUAAACACACGCAAUCUGUCUUCCAGCUGACCAGGUCUAUCUGCGCAUGAAUGCGGCACGAUCCCGAAAACCCGGCACCACGGCCCCCGAAGAAUGCCGGCGUGUCCCCAUAAAUCCCGUAGCCCGGCACCAAAGGGCACCGGCCGCCGCCCUCCUUGGUCCGGACGCCAAACCGUUCCAUCUGAAGCACCAACUCGUCUCGCUAGAGAAAUCCCAUCAAAGUGCCGAACCUUGCAGAUGAUACCCCCCAUAUCUCAAAACUCAACGGGUCGCCGCGGACAUGAGAGCGAGCGCAAGGAAGGGGACCCAGCGGGAUGUGCAAGCGCCAGGACCUCCAUGGGCACAGUGCCGACCACUCCUCCCACCAUCAUCACCGAAAUCCUUCCGACCAGCUCAGGCCCCAACCGUCCCCGGAAUUCGUGCCAUCACGACAGCACGCAACCACACAACCACACACCCAAGGGUCACGCCAGCAGAGCCACUCUGCGCACCCGGUCUGAUCACUCAGUCCAGUGAGAGACGAGACUGCUUUUGCUCUUGAAACCGGAGCCAAGGGGAAACCCCUGCAUUGUCAGUGUGCCGGCGCCGAUAAGCUUGUUACCUUUCUCGGCCGACGCCACCAAUGGUUCAUCUUGUCAUCCACCAAGAGCCUCACAGAGCUACGGGCACAUCCUUCGUCUUAGGAGGAUCUAACCAGCUGU